AUGGCUGGAAACGCAAGAUUUGAAUCGCCCUCAGCUAGUUCUUCCGAGCCAGGGUUUUCUGGAACUUAUUCAAAUGGUAAGAGGACUACUCAUUCGGUGUCAGGUGGGCCCAAUUUGGAUAGGUCCGGAAGCUUCAGAGAGGGUGCUGAAAGUCGGCUGUUUAAUUCAGGGAUUUCUGUCUCACGAGGUGGAAAUAAUGCAAUGAUAGCAUCAGGACAUUUCCCCCCUUUGUCUCAGUGUUUGUCUCUUGACCCAAUCCCAAUGGGUGAUAGGAAGAUUGAUAGGUCAGUUGAAUUAAGAAGAGUCAUGGGACUUUUCAUUGGAAGCACAAAUGAAGAUAAUAGUUCUUCUGGAACUUCUGGUCCUUCUAACUUAAAGCCUUCACCUCCAGUGGCUGUUGCAGAUGAUCUGAAGCGUUUCAGAUCGAGUGUUGCAGAUACGUGUAUCACAGCUAGGGGAAGGGCAAGCAAAUUAGAUGAACACUUGCAUAAGUUGGAUAAAUAUUGUGAUGUUGUAAUCUCUAAGAAACCACAAAGGAAUGAGUUAGUGAAUAAUGAUCAAACAGGUGGUUUAAACACAAAGAUUGGAACUCAAAUUUACAGAAACCCAACAGAACUUGUAAAUCAAGAUCGCCCCAAGAAUGUUCUUUUGAACAAGCGUGUCCGCACUUCAGUUGCAGAAACAAGGGAAUUCCGAAGUAAUGGUCUUAGAAGACAGCCUGUAGCAAUGGCUAAAGAAAGAGAUUUACUCAAGGACAACAAUGGAGAAUCUGAUAUUUUAGAAGAGAAGAUUCAGAGGUUGCCUGCAGGAGGUGAAGGGUGGGAUAAAAAGAUGAAAAGAAAACGUUCAGUUGGGGCAGCUUUUACAAGACCUAUGGAUAGCAAUGGAGAGCCUAAAAGAACUCUUCAAAACAAGGUUGCCAGUGACCCUGGGUUGCAAUCAAGUGAUGUGCACCCUUACAGAUUAGGAGCUUCUAAUGGUAGUGGAAACACCCACAAGGUGGAUAACAAGUUAGAAGGAUCAUCUAACAGCUCUCGUGCUCGCCUGUCCCCUAGAAAUGAACAGGAGGGGCCCGCUGUUCCCAGAGAUCUUACUGUAGGGCCAAAUAAGGAAAGAAUUAUCACAAAAGGAAACAAUAAGUUAAAUACACGUGAUGACAGUUAUACUCCGUGUGCUAGUCCAGUGACAAAAGGGAAAGCUUCAAGGACUCCACGUAAUGGUGCCAGCUCAUCACCAAGUACUCCACGUGUAUCCGGAACAUCAGAAACCUGGGAUAAUGCGACAGGUGGAAACAAAAUCCCUUCAACUGGUGGACCCGGGCCCACCAGGAAACGUGCUAUGCCAGCUGGAUCAUCUCCCUCAAUGACUCAGUGGGGUAGUCAGAGGCCACAGAAAAUGUCAAGAACAAGGAGAGCGAAUCUGGUGUCUCCUGUUUCAAAUCAAGAAGAAAAACAACAGUUAUCAUCUGACAGCUGUUCGCAUUCUGAUAUUAGUGUUAGAUUGGCAUCUGAUGGGACAAAUGGUACUCUUGUUUCAAAACAGUUUAAACCUAAACCAGAGAUUGUUCAAUCUCCACAACGUAUGUCUGAAAGUGAAGAAUCUGUUGGUGGUGAAAGCAGAUUGAAGGAGAAAGAAAAGGGAAACGGUGAUACAGAUGCAAAUGCAAAUGCAAAUCCAAUUGUAAAUGUAAAUGUGAAUGAAGGUCAGAAUGUUGUGCCUUCAUUACCAGUUGGAGUGAAGGUCAAAUCUGUAAUUAAUGAAGAAAGUAGUGAGGGGGGUGUGAGGAGACAAGGGCGAAGUGGAAGAGGUCCUUUGAUUGCUAGGGCUAGCUCUUCAGUGAAUGGGGAGAAAAUGGAUAAUUCACCCAUGAUUAAGCCAAUUCAAAGAAACAGGCCUGGUUAUGAGAAGAAUGGAAGUAAUAAAGGACGCCCUUUGAAAAAGCUCUCAGAUCGUAAGGGAUUUUCACGUCUUGGCCAUUUGCAAAACAGUGGUAAAGAUUUCACAGUUUCAGGAAAAUCUGAUGAUGAUCGUGAAGAACUGUUAGCAGCUGCAAAUCAUGCUCGCAAUGCUAGCUAUUUAGCGUGUUCAAACCCUUUCUGGAAAAAAAUGGAACCAAUAUUUGCUCCUGUUAGCUCAAAAGACAGAUUCUACUUAUCCAUGCAGCUAAAAUCUGAGCAGGAUGUUCAGGGAAACUUUCCUCAGUUUCAUGGUCGUGAAAAUAAUAUUGUGGUGAACUUUCCAAAUGAGGAAAGAAACGGGCAUGUGAAACACCAAGGAAGCGAGUCUUUUUCUGGGAGACUAGAUUCAGAAAAAACAUCUAAAGAAUUCAUUCCAUUGUUUCAAAGAGUAUUAUCAGCACUCAUUAUAGAAGAGAACAUGGAUGAACUUGAAGAAGAAGAAGAAGAAAAUAUAACAACAGUUGAAGAUGGUUUUUGUGAUUCAGCAUAUGAAAUGGAUGAUUAUGAGCCUAGAAAGAGGGCAAGAAGGGAAUUUGAAUGUGACACAGUGUUUGGUGUCCAUGCUCAAAGUCCUCAUUCUGUGAAGGUGUCUUUUUCUAUAAGUGGUUGCUCCAACUCCUUUAGAAGCCCUAGCAUCAAUGAUUCUCCAUGUGAAGAUGUGCAUUCAGAAGUUGAGCUUUUAGCUGGGAUUUCAAAGGACUUACAGAUGGAAAGUUUUAACAUUUCUUCAUUUGAUAAUAAGUAUGAACAAAUGCGUGUAGAUGACAGACUUCUUUUAGAGCUUCAGAGCAUUGGUCUAUACCCUGAGUUAGUGCCUAACUUGGAUGACAAAGAAGAUGAAGCAAUCAAACAUGAAAUUGACCAGCUGAAGAUGAGACUUAGACAACAGAAUGGUAAAAAGAAGGCAUGUUUGGAGAAAGUAUGUAAAGGCGUUGGAGGCAGCUUUGUAGGGAGAGAUCUUGAGCAGGUUGCAAUUGAUAGAUUGGUGGAGCUUGCUCACAGGAAACUUCUGGCUACUAGAGGAGCUUCGAGAGCUGGGAUUCCCAAAGUCCCAAAGCAAGUUGCAUUGGCAUUUGGAAGGAGGACACUUGCCAGAUGUCGUAAAUUUGCAAAAUCAGGUAUAAGCUGCUUCAAUGUGCCUACAUUGCGAGAUGUCCUUUUUGCCCCUCAGGACCAUGAGUUGGAGCCUACAGUUUCUGUAGCCACCACCACCACCAAUUAUAUCGGAUUCCAAAACCCUCAUCAAGAUUCAAGGCUAUCAUCUGAUGAGGCAUUUGCUAUAAACGGGCCGAUAUCAAACAGAGGGAAGAAGAAGGAACUUUUGCUGGAUGAUGUUGGCACGGUUAUGGGAGGGAAGAGAUGCGAUCAACGGAAGACAAAACCUAAGCCGAAACAAAAGGCGGCUGGAGUCCCAAUGUCUGGGAAUGGAUUUGGAAGGACAUUACAUCCGGUACAGCCGUCGUUGUCGGUGGUAAAUGUUGAGAGAAGGGACAUUCGGAUGGUGUCACAAGAAAGCAAGGAGAUGAUGCCACUUCAUGAGUUGGAUCCGUUGGAUGAGUUAGGUGUGGGGACGGAGCUUGGUGGGGCCCAGGAUUUGAGCUCUUUGUUGAACUUUGAUGAAGAGGAAUUACAAGAUCAGUAUACAGCAGGGCUUGAUAUACCAAUGGAUGAUCUUGCAGAAUUGAAUAUGUUUUGAUACAUCUUUCAUGAAGGGGAGUUUGAUGAUAUAUGUAUAUUGUUGUGGAUUAUUAUACAGGAAAGGUAAGAGUAAGAAGAAGAAGAAGAAGAUGUCAUGUAUCAACCACCCAUCAUUUGUAAUUAUGGUCUCUCUUUUUUUUUAAUUAUUAAUUUAUGUCUGGGUUUAAUGCUUGUUUUAGGAAAAGAACGGAAUAUGUUGUAGUUGUUGUGGUUGCCUUGUAAAGACAAGGGUAUUUAUAUUCUGAACUGGAAGAGUUGCUGGUUAUAUGUAGUGGAAUGAAUGAAUGUGUUGGA